AUGAACUCCAGGGCAGGCACACUUUCCGGAGGCCAGAAAAGAAAACUUUCUCUCGCGAUUGCUCUCAUAGGUGGAUCUGAGAUAGUAAUGCUAGAUGAGCCCACAUCAGGUAUGGAUCCUGGCGCUCGUCAUGAGACUUGGACUCUUUUGCAAGCGGAAAAGAGUCGCCGAACGAUUCUUUUGACAACACAUUUUAUGGAAGAAGCUGACUUGCUUGGAGACAGGUAUUGUUUGUCAUUAAAAACUUACAGUAGGUUAGUUGGGUUAAGGGCAAUCAUUUAA